UUCAAACAAAUCCAAUGUUGGGCCAAGCGUUGCCAGCCGGUAAUAGCCGAAGGCAAAAAACACUUUGAUGGAAGAAAGGCGAGAAGGAAGAGAAGAAGGAUUAGUAGUUGCCUAGCCGAGGAACUUGAGGCCAACAUUCAGAGCGUGGUCCGGAGUUUAAGACGCCGCCUAAAACGAGUGUCGGUCAUAGAGAGGCAUUUCUUUGGAAAUGAAACAAACCUUAUCCCUUGUUCCCUCCCGCCUCAACAGCAGAGCUAGAUGCAGAUACAGAUCUAUAUGCGAUAUGAUCCCGAACCGAUUGAAUAACCACCAUCCAUCACCAAUCACAUUCCGCAUCCCACUGCACACUUUUGGAUCCCUCGGCUCCUCUAGAAAGGCAUUCCAGCUUCAGGGUCAGGUGUUCCGGGUCAGGAAGGAGUUUGACUGCUGGGGUGGGAUCGGAUCCUACUCGACAUUGAACUUCACGGGUUGGAUAGGCAGUAGAGAGAGGAACUCCUAUCUUUAGGGCGGGCUUGAAAGACAGAGAUGCACGACUCUCCACUGGAAAGGGCUUUACCUCGGGGGAAGAGAGAAGAACCCCUUCCCGGCCGACGGGACUCUACGUCUGGGUCUUACCCCAUCUCAUCAAACUCGGAUUAAGAAGAAUGCCCUUGAACUGCCUUACCCAGUCCCUGAAAGCCCUCCCGGGAGCCUACUAGCCCUCUUUAUCAACUCGAGUCUGAAGUUCAGCGGCUUUCAUCGUUGACGAAGACCUGCGCGCUAAUAAGACAAAGAAAUAGGGGAGUAUAUACCUUGAAUGAAUCAGUAACAACGGAUUAGUGGAAUGAGGGAGAAAGAGACGGAUAGGGGAGAAAUGGCCUCUCCAUUAUUGGUGGGCCUUCCCUUGAACCGGUCACGGAGCUCUCAACUGAGUGGUUUCGGUUCUGUAAUUCCAUCUCUAGUUGGGGUUUCGGUUCGAAGGUUAGAAAAAAAGUGGUGCGGUCUCUCUCGACCAGGUCAGGUUCAAGGGAAGGUGAUCGAGGGGACCCAGACUGGAGAUUGAUUCUCUAUGGCGGGGGGUUUCUUUCGUAUCAAGAGUGUGUUGGGGGGCCAGGGGAAGGCGGAUUGGAUCGAGAGGCGAUGCCUAUGCCUCUUCUUUUUCGAUAGGAUUCCCACCAUUUUCAGUCUCCGGCGAAGUAGACAAGGGUGGGGCACCGAAUAUGUUCUAUCCUCAACCUCCAUACGCUAUUAGCCAUCUCCAUUCUUUUUUCCUAUUCACUAGUACACUGCGCGCUACAACUAGUUAUAGCCCCUACUUUCUUAUUGUUGGGAUAUUUUCAGAAGCCUGCUGAAAAAAAGAAGCUAGCUAGCGCGCAACGGCUGAUGAAAAGCCAGCAACUUGUUAGGAGUAGGUUUUGGCUUGUCCCUUUGAAGGGCACUGGUUACCACUAAACGACGAAGCCAGGAGCGGAAGGAGGGACUUGAACCCUCAACCUCAGCCUUGGCAAGGCUAUGCUCUACCAUUAAGCUAUUUCCGCCAGCGACGGUAGUGGCGAAGCACUACUGAGCAAUUCACGUAUCACUUGAUACGGACGACUUCCGUUUUUCCGCCGGAACACAGUCUUGACCGGAGGUCGGGCUAGGAGCACGAGUAGGUAGGCGGCUAGGUGGGAGAGGGGCGGCUGGGCUGCCUUUGAAAUCAAUCUCCGGCCGCUCGCGCUAUUGGUGCGAGUUCUAAGGAGUCUUGGUCUCGAGUCGAGCUGGGGUGGGGCAUCAUUUCAUUCUCGUAACGGGAAUGAGUGCACCGCAAGACCAGACAAGUUGCUCCUUCGCAGCGGCGGCAUCUGUAUUUGAAGUUCAGUCAUUUCCUAAGUCAGACGGAUCCUCUUAAGAUACGAUAAUCCAAGCUGCAGCUCCACGAGUCUGCUCGGAACCGGUGGAUUCCUGAGCCAUUCGUUCUCCCCUCCCCCGGCCACUUACUCAUUUAUUGAACCUCCCCUUUCAUCCACCACAGUAGGUUAAGGCAGGGCGUACUAGGUUUAUGCGAUAGGGGGCUUUUUCCAUAAUCGCCCAGUCUUAAAGAAGACUAAUGUUCAUCAUGGCACCCAAAAAUCUCAAUCAGUUCUGGCGGAUAGACUGACUGUUGAAACGUUAUAUAUCUUUCCAAUAUCUGAGCAUGGCUCUAGUAAACUUCUUGUGGUGCAAGCAGGUUGCUAAAAUGUUAAUAACGAGAAUCUAAUUGUAAAAGGCAAGAAAGCAGAUAGGUAGGAGGAAGAUACAGAAAGCCGCGAGGCAAGAAGCUAUGUCUCUGGAGAAGAAGAAAGCCCAAGAGAAUGGCACAGAAAAGCUUACCAAAUCUAGCAAACCUUGGACAAAGGCAAGCUUCUCAAUACCCAUUCAUUACCACGGGGUCGAACUUACCAGUCACUCUGACCCCAAAAGUUCUCCCAAGCUGCACCUUCUCUGCACUUGAAACGUUGCCACUAAAAAUGAGAGCAGACUUUUUAAAUUCACUACGGAGCCUGUCAAUGGUAAACUGUUCAAAUUCGUUUCAACUGAAGCAACUCACUAGAUGACGCCCUGCAAAAUCUCAUAAUGAGUCGUCCGCAAAGAGAAGAUGUGAGAUGUUUGGUGCAUGUCUGCCCACUUGAACACCAGUAAUCCGACCAUCUGUGGCUGCUUUAUGUAUAAACUUCGACAAACCUUCUGCACAAAGUAGGAAGAGGUAGGCUCGUAUAGACCUGCCUCAACACUAUUGUAUUUAGGAAAAAAGAGCUGGACCGGUGAACCAUUCAAAACAACUGAGUAAGACACCGUUCGAAUACACUCCAUUACCAUUCGGAUCCACUGACCAGCGAAACCCAACCUUGUAAUGGCUUUCUCAAGAUAACACAAUUCCAUACAAUACGUAGGCCUUGGCCAUGUCCAACUUAAAAGCCCCAUAUACCCCAACUUUUGGCUUUUGAAUUCUGAUUUCACUGAGCUAGCUACUCGAAAGAAGACCCAACAUCGUGAGAAGCAAAGGAGAGAGAAAAGAUGUUGAGAAUUCACUUAAGAAACCACAUCAUCAGGGACCCAUGAACAAGCUUUGGCAGAUAGAUGAUGAGGAAGCGAAACAAAUGACUACUUGCUCCUUGAACUAUGUGACUGAUGGCUUACAACGAUCAACAAGGGAAUGAAAAGGCUUAUUAGUGAAUGAAUGUGUACAGGGACCUACGGAUAAAGAAACAACAAGAUUCACACGCAAAGACUAGUGGUUGAAGGCAAAGAAUUCAUAGCUUAUGAAUGUGUGGUAGAAGGAAGCUGACUGUUGUUAGAGACAAACAGGACAGAGGACUUGAUAGCGAACACUGGACACAAGUUACAAACAAGAGGAGAGUCACAUACAAUACAAGGUUGGUUCACAGAGGCGCUUUCUCAGGCUAAUUUAUGGAGCUUUUUCUCUUUCAUUUAGGGCAUGGAUUCUCAAAAGAUCUAUAUUAAGACAAUACUUGUAACGAAAUUAUUCUUCUUCUAGAGCCACAUCAUGAUCACUUCAGGCAACCGAUGAGAAAAGAGCACGCUCAUCCGAACAAAAGAAUGAAAGAAAAGAUCAGGCACUGUUCCCCGAUCUCAAUCAGGAUUGCCUAAAGAAAGAGCAAGAGUCAAUUCUUUGGGUGAAAAGCUCUUUCUCAAAAUUCUCUUUUUCGAGGGAACAUCAGAAGCAAAUUCACUAAGAAAAUCAUCACCAAAUUCGAAUAUCGGAAGAAAGCCGAGCUUGACCCAUUUCACUUCUUUCUUUCUUUCGCCACCACAGCUAUCGAGUAGCAAUCCGUAUGAUUCAUGGUCAGCCGCAGGAAGAUAAUGGGCUACAAAGCAAGCAUUCUCGCGCCAAAAUGGCUUUUUGAAUUGACUGCAUUUUGGUUUCGACCAAACGGAAAAUGUCUCCCCGCCGAAGAUGCCUCCUUACUAAAACGAAAGUCAGUGCAUUGAGUUUUAACCAUAUGAGAAAAGGACCCCGCAGACAAAGAAAAGAAAACGAUCAAAGAAUAUUGACUUCAAGCGGGCUAGUUUUGUAUUUCUAAAAGCAAGCGUUGAGGGCAGCGAGAGGCCGGUUGCCCCCUUUUCUUCGUGGUUUGGUCAUCCACAAAAGAGGGAGGUGCUUUGCUUUUGCCUAAUAUAUGAAGUUCUAUCCGCCUAGCUCUCACGGAUGCCAUUCUUGUGCUUCCAGUGUCGUUCGGUUUCGAAAAGGCGGAUAAGUCUAUUUUCGAGCAGAGAAUCCAGGCAAGUCUCGAAGAAGCAACAGCUUGAUAGCGAUUCGUAGGACGGUUUUCUGAUGGAAAAACCUUCGAGGAAAGAAGAAAUAGCAAAUAAAUAGGCAGGCAAGCGCACUUAUCCCUAGCUUUCACUCUUGUCUUCUGCAAGAAAGUCAGUUCAAUCCUUCAUAGUGGGCAUCCUAUGGUUCCCAAAAACCUUCUCUCCUCAAGCUGUCUCUUCCUUAAAGUUCUUCAAAGUUCUUCCUUUUCUCUGGCGCGGUAUGCGCUUUAGCUUCGAAGUGCUUUACGAAUUGUAUAUAUGGUGCUUCCCCCCUUCCGUCAGUGAGGAGAUUCUGCCUUUAGUCCUUAGUCGCCUAGCUUUCUAAAUGCAUUCCCCUCAAAAGAAAAAAAGCACUUUCUGGUUUCAUAGAGCUAGCAGGAUAACUAGUUGAUGUAGUUGCCUACUGUGCUAAAUAAGCCGCCUCUUCACCGAGAUAUGAUAGAGAAGUUCCUAUAGUUCUUUGGCUUAUCGAAAAACUAUCGGCUAUGUGAAAUGAAAGUUUACCGACCGAAGCCAGAUAUGCUGGUCAAUAACACCAUUUUUGGAAAACUUGUAACAGACUCAGAGGCGGUUUCUUCUAUCCUCCUCCCUCGAGGUGGAAGAAUUCUGAACCCUGGCCAAUCAAGAAAGACUAGAAGUUGCUGCCUAAUCAUAAGAAGAAGAAGCUAGAUUUCACUGAGCUAAAUAGCUGCGAAGUUACCAAUCAUGUGAUAUUUGUCCGAGAUUUCUUCUUGUUUAGCUCUAAGGUAGCUCGGUGAUAGCGCAUAUCUUCUAUAGUUUCAAUGGAAUAGAGAGAGCAGUUACAGAGCGAGGGCUUGGGGAUAGGUCGUGUUCACGGAACUUGCCAUUCACUUGCCUUAGGGAAACAGCAGCUUUUGGAAGAAAGCUUGACUUCUAUGGCAACUAUCGGACUUGAAGAAGAAAGUCAUAACUCUGACCUUAUAUACGAGAAUCUUGGCUGAAAUCUUGUAACCGUUUUAAACUGAAGUCCAACAACCCAAUCUCGGUGAAAAGGAGAAGAUUCUUGCAACUACAAAAACUCCAACAACGAGGCCGAAGAGAGUGACCAGCGGGCCGGGCUUUUCUUCUCAUCUGUUCAUAAGUGCAUGAUAUCAUAUAUGGUAAGAAUGCUUUGAGUUUGUUAUUCUUCCAGCAAAUGCUGAUGUUCUGGCGUAUGAACAAUCCCUUGAGGGAAGAGAUCCAGUGAAUAGUUCGCUUCGCUUCUUUGACCAGGUUGAAAUAGAGCAAAACCGAUUCUUUGAUGAUCUAUAGGGCAUUCCCCAAAAUCUUGAUUGACGGCGUUUGUGACUAAGUAACCCGGCCAUUCCAGCAAUGUUUGAUGAUUGCUGGUUGUGACCUUCUCUCUCGAAGAUAGAAGGAUCACUACUUAGAAUCACCCGUACGUACCUUUGGCUCUCAUGGAACUCGUUCGCUUGUUUUCCUGCCGGACACAUGGAAAUUUCCCGGAUAUUGCUGUGAAAUGAGUAAAAAGACUGGAUUUUCUUCUUGUAUUGGUGGCCUUACCUUUACAGAGCAAGCCUUGGCUGGUGGUCCGGUCGUAUUUAUCAAAUGGAAUUUCGAAGAAGAGAAUAAAAGGAAGACGGGACAUUUCAUACCAGCUUUACACUUCCGUGCCUGAGUCAAUGGGAUUCGAACCCAUAUGUCUUAAUAGAAGACCUAAGCUUUCCGUAGAUGUCACAGUCGUCUUCAUCAGGCUCAGAAUCACUUGGGUAUCAGAGCUAUAGCUAGCAGGAUUCAUAGCAUUUGAGAAUGUUACGGAUGGGGAUCUCUCUGACUAAAUAAGGGGGUAGCUACGAGGUUCUCGUAAGGAUCUCAUACAAAAUACGGAGUCUGGUGGACCAAUACUUACAUACGUUGUACCUACCCGCGGAAAAGAAGAAUGAACUUCAAUCCCUUGAUCUCUUGAUUGAGAUUCAAUGGCAGUUGUUCUGAUUUCAAAACCUCAUAUUGAGUCCUAUUUGGGGGAAACCCUGACAGAGGGAGAAAAACAGCUUUCAAGCUACAGGCAAGGGUCAUGGAAUCGAAAAGAAUCUUGACUAUCGCCCAAAGCCCACAAUGAGCGACCGACGCUAGCCUUCGCUUUACCAAUUAGCCCGGGUCAGCACCUCAAGAACAAAGCUGGAGAAACCACUACGAAAGCAUCGAGAGGAACCGCCCCGUGAU